AUGGCUGAUAUGAGGGAGAAGACCGAGACGGACGUGGACCGUCAGUCUGUGACGAAGAUCCAGACGAAAGAAGAGGACAGACAUAUUGAGGAGGCAUCGGAUGUAUUGAAAGGAGCACAGCAGGCGACCGAUGGAGAGCAUACUAUGGGUAUCAUGGAGGGGUUGAGGAAAUACCCCGCAGCAUGCGGCUGGUCCCUCCUCUUCUCCGCCGCCCUCAUAAUGGAAGGUUUCGACAAAGCUUUCCUCACAGCCUUCUUCGCCUUCCCGGAAUUCCAAAAACGAUACGGCUCCCUCACCGCCGACGGCACAUAUCAGAUCCCCGCCUCCAUACAAGCAGGCGUAACCAACGGCGUCAACGCAGGCCAAAUCAUCGGUCUCAUCAUCAACGGCUGGCUAGCCGAUCGCUUCGGCUACCGCUAUGUCAUGCUCGGAUGCCUGUUCUUGAUGUGCUGCUUCAUCUUCAUGCAAUUCUUCGCUUCCAGCAUUUACAUGUACAUGGGCGCAGGAGUCCUCUUGGGCGUGCCCUGGGGUGUGUUCCAGACGAUUACUACUACCUACGCCUCGGAAGUGACCCCGAAUGUCUUGCGUGUAUACCUCACUUCCUUGGUAUCCAUGUGCUGGUCCAUUGGGUACUUGACAGGCACAUGCUGUCUCCGCGGCUUCCUCCAAAUGAAAGGACAAUGGGCAUACCGCAUCCCAUUUGCUCUCCAAUGGGCACUUCCCAUCCCCCUCGCAAUAGGAAUCUUCCUCGCGCCAGAAUCGCCCUGGUGGCUAUACCGCAAAGGGCAGAUCGCCGACGCCGAGAAAUCACUGCGCAGACUACAGACCAAGGUCCCGGAAGAAGAACUCGCUAAUACCCUGAAGAUGAUGGAGUAUACUAUCAGCAUCGAACGAGAAAUGGACACCACAUCCUCCUACUGGCAUCUCUUCAAGGGCACCAACCUCCGCCGCACGGAAAUCACAAUCCUGACUUACGUCGUACAAGAGCUCUGCGUCCCGCUCGUAUCCUACAUCGUCUACUUCCUGCAACAAGCCGGCCUACCCACCGACAUGGCCUUCAACUUCGCCAUCAUCCAAUACAGCCUGGCCAUCAUCGGCGUCUUCGUCGCCUGGUUCCUAGUCGUCAAGUGGGGACGGCGCACACUCAUCCUCUGCGGCACAUUCUUCAUGAUGUCCACUUCCUUCCUCAUCGGCUUCAUCGGCAUCGGAAACACAAACAAACACACCAACCUCGCCUACGGCAUCGGCGUCAUCCUCCUCGUCGAAUAUUUCGUCUUCUUCUGUACCUGUGGCCCGAUCAUCUAUACCGUAGUCACUGAAAUCCCGUCCAACUCGCUCAGACAGAAGAGCGUGGCGCUGGCAAGAGCAGCGUAUAAUGUCAAUGUUCUGAUCUACGGACAGCUUGUGCCGAGGAUGGUGCAGAGGGCGGCGUGGGAUUGGGGCGCGAAGUCGGGAUUCUUUUAUGGGGGGUGUAUGAUGUUUGGGUUGGUGUGGGCGUUUUUUAGGUUGCCGGAGACGAAGGGGAGGACGUUUGCGGAGAUUGAUAUUUUGUUUAAGAAUGGGGUUAGUGCGAGGAAGUUUAGUAGGACGAAGGUUGAUUUGGCGGGGCAGAGUACGAGUGAGGAGGGGGAGGUUAAGGUUUGA